GGAGAUUCCACUUUGAGGCAUUCCUAGACACCUGGUUCUUCUUCUCCAGUCAGAAGGCUGAGCUGGGCUUGGAAAGCCAGAAAGGAGGUUUGAGGGUUCCAGCGGCCCUCUACCUGCUGAGGUCUUUAGCUGGCUUAACCCUCCCAGGUUGUCACAGGAGUCAGGCCUGGCUGGUGCCCGCGUACAAUAAUUAACUGCUGAGUGGCCUUCGCCCGAUCCCAGGCUCCACUCCUGGGCCACAUUCCCGCUGCCUGCCUUCCUGCCGUCUCCUAGGCCACUAAACCGCAGCUGUCCCCUGGCGUAAGGGGAGGUGGACUGUAGAGCAGAGGAGAAGCCUGAGCCAGACAGAGAGCCUCCUUGCCCAGGUCAGGCAGGAGGUGAAGUGUGAGGGCUGGGAUCCUGGACCGGCUGAUCCGGAACCCUGUUCUCUGAUCUGCUAGACCGUAGCCCCAGGAGCCUGAUCCGAAGAAUCACCUGGCAUUCCCUGAGGGUACAGAUUUGUCCUGUGCUCUCGGAGCUCAGCGAGGACUGCCAUGGCCCUGCCCAUGACAACACAGCUGCUGCUCCUUCUGGUGUGGGUGGCUGCCUUGCGGGCAGCCCUGCCCAGGACUGACCUUCUCAAUGUCUGCAUGGACGCCAAGCAUCACAAACAAAAGCCAGGCCCGGAGGACACGCUGCACGAGCAGCAAUUACCCUGUGAGAAGUGUUCAUCGCUGUGCCUCCAGUCCCUAGAGAAGUGCCUGCUUAGAUGCAGUCCCUGGAAAGAGAAUUCCUGCUGCUUCCUCAACACCAGCCAGGAAGCCCAUAAGGACAUCUCCUACCUGUAUGGAUUCAACUGGGACCACUGCGGCACAAUGGAGGCCGUCUGCAAGCGCCACUUCAUCCAGGACACCUGUCUCUACGAGUGCUCCCCCAACCUGGGGCCCUGGAUCCAGCAGGUGGACCAGAGCUGGCGCAAAGAGCGGAUCCUGGAUGUGCCCCUGUGCAAAGAGGACUGUCAGCGCUGGUGGGAAGAUUGUCGCACCUCCUAUACCUGCAAGACCAACUGGCACAAGGGCUGGAACUGGACCUCAGGGUUUAACCAGUGCCCAGUGGAAGCUGCCUGCCACCCCUUCGAUUUCUACUUCCCCACCCCUGAAGCUCUGUGUAAUGAAAUCUGGAGUCACUCCUACAAGGUCAGCAACUACAGCCGAGGGAGUGGCCGCUGCAUCCAGAUGUGGUUCGACCCAGCCCAGGGCAACCCCAAUGAGGAGGUGGCGAGGUUCUAUGCCGAGGCCAUGAAUAGGGCUGGGCUCAGUGGGGCCUGCUCUCUCCUGCUCUGCCUGGCCCUAACGCUGCUCUGGCUGCUCAGCUGAGCUCCUUUCACCUUCUGAUACCUAGACAUCCCUGCCUUGUCUAGCCCCACAGCUCCCAGCUAUUUGGUUUCUGCUCCAUGGUGGGGCCUCUGACCGACAGUUUGAAUAAACCAGACACUCCAGA